AUGUCUCUUUCUAUACAGAAGCACACUGAAGUCACCACUGAACUGCAACGCCAGUUGGUGACUGUUGAGGACCGCAUUAAAGUGGUCACCAGCGAGAAGUCUGCACUGGAAAAUCGGAUCACCGAGCUGAUGGAAGAAUCCGCCAAGCACUCGGAGGUCAACGCGCAGCUGAACAAUAAUAUCAUCAACAUCGAGCAGAAACUUGAACUGGCUGUGCAGGCGAAAGAAGAAACUGAGGGGACACUGAAUGCCUUCCGAGAGGAACAACGGGUGGCCGUCGAGCAGCUCAACUCACAGAUUGCCGAGUGCACGACUAAGCUCAGUGCAUUGGAGGUGGAGAAUAUGGCUGUCCAGGCUGAGCGCUCCGAGUUACAAGGCUGGAAAGAGACACAGUUGCUUUCCACCGCAGACGCGGCGACCGUGUUACUAUCUCUAGGUCAGAAGUACGCGAUGUUAAAGGCUGAUAACACUCGCCUACUGGCAGACAAUGCCCAAUUGAACGAGGCUGUGACUGCGGAUCAG